AUGCCUUUCGAAGCCCGUGUCAAGUCCGUUUUGUCGGGUGAUACGGUCGUGCUGUCGCAUGUCACCAAUCCCUCACAAGAACGCAUUCUUUCUCUGGCUUAUGUGUCCGCUCCCCGGUUGAGGAGGGAAGGUGACGAGCCAUACGCUUUCCAAUCCCGUGAGUUCCUCCGUGAACUGCUCGUCGGCAAGGUCAUCCAAUUCCACGUCGUCUACUCCAUCCCCACCGGCGCCAAGCGCGAGUACGGUAUCAUCAAGUUGCCUGGCUUUGAUGCUCAGCUUCCCGAUAUCAGUGUUCAAGAGGGCUGGACCAAGGUCCGUGAGGAGGCUGGCAAGCGAAGUGACGACUCUGAGGAAACCCUCGCGCUGCUGGACCGGCUGCGGGCCCUGGAGUCACUUGCCCAGGAUGAGAACAAGGGUGUCUGGGCCUCGUCGAACAACGGUCUGAUUGAGACUAGCUAUGAACUCGCCAAUGGCCAGGAAUUGGUUAACAAGCACAAGGGGGAGCAGCUGGAGGGUAUUAUUGAGAAGGUUCUGAAUGGUGACCGGGUUAUUCUGCGUCUGCUGCUCUCCCCACAGGAGCAUGUCCAGACUCUCGUGGCCGUUGCUGGUGUCCGCGCACCUUCUGCCAAGCGGACUACCGCCGAGGGCAAGGAACAGGCUGCGGAGCCCCUGGGUGACGAGGCACAGCAGUUUGUCGAGUCUCGACUCUUGCAGCGCAAGGUCAAGGUCUCUCUGCUGGGUGUCACCCCGCAAGGCCAGCUGGUGGCUACUCUUCUCCACCCUAACGGCAACAUUGCCCGUUUCCUCCUCGAGGAGGGUCUGGCUCGCUGCCAGGAUCACCACUCUACCAUGCUCGGUGGUGACAUGGCCCUUCUUCGCCAGGCUGAGCUGACGGCCAAGAACGCCCGCAAGGGAAUCUUCACUGGUCACGUUGCCCCCAAGGGCUCCGGCGCUGCCGCUCUUGAUUACACUGUUAGCCGUGUUCUGAACGCCGAUACCAUCUUCAUCCGGAACAAGGCCGGUCAGGAGAAGAAGAUUAGCCUGACCAGCAUUCGCCAGCCCAAGCCCUCUGACCCCAAGCAGGCUCCCUUCGCCAAUGAUGCCAAGGAGUUCCUGCGCAAGAAGGUCAUUGGUAAGGGUGUCAAGGUGACCGUCAAUGGCAAGAAGCCUGCCACCGAGGGAUAUGAGGAGCGUGAGGUUGCCACCGUUGUGCAGGGUACCACCAACAUCGGUCUGGCUCUGGUUGAGGCUGGUUAUGCCUCUGUGAUCCGCCACCGUAUGGAUGACAGUGACCGAUCCCCCGACUACGACACUCUGCUUGUUUCCGAGGCCGAGGCCCAGAAGGAUGGCCGUGGAAUGUGGUCCCCCAAGCCGCCCAAGGUUAAGCAGUACACGGACUACUCCGAGAGCGUUCAAAAGGCCAAGUUGGAGGUUGGUAUCCUGCAACGCUCUAAGCGCAUCCCCGCCGUUGUCGACUUUGUCAAGUCCGGCUCUCGCUUCACUGUUCUGGUCCCCCGUGAGAACGCCAAGUUGACCCUCGUUCUGUCGGGCAUCCGUGCCCCUCGCUCUGCCCGUGGCCCCAAUGAUGCCGGUGAGCCUUUCGGCCAGGAAGCUCACGAGCUGGCCGUCCGCCGCUGCAUGCAACGUGACGUUGAGAUUGAUGUCGAGACCAUCGACAAGGUUGGUGGCUUCAUUGGUACCCUGUACGUGAACAAGGAGAACUUCACCAAGAUUCUGUUGGAGGAGGGUUUCGCCACGGUCCACGCCUACUCGGCUGAGCAGUCCGGUCAUGCCAACGAGUACUUCGCUGCCGAGCAGCGGGCCAAGGAUGCCCGCAAGGGUCUCUGGCACGACUGGGACCCCAGCAAGGAGGCCGAGGCCGAGGAGUCUGAGGCUGCCAACGGUACCGGCAACGAGAGCGAGGCUGCUGUGUCCCGUCGCAAGGACUACCGCGACGUGAUGGUCACCCACGUUGACCCAGAGACUGGUCGCCUGAAGUUGCAGCAGAUUGGCACCGGCACUAGCGCGCUCACCGAGUUGAUGAGCGCCUUCCGCGCCUUCCACAUCAACAAGGCCAAUGACACCCCCUUGCCCGGUCCCCCCAAGGCUGGUGAAUGGGUCGCGGCUCAGUUCACCGAGGACGGUAACUGGUACCGCGCCAAGGUGCGCCGCAACGACCGCGAGAAGGAGCAGGCCGAGGUUGUUUAUAUCGACUUUGGAAACUCCGAGAUCCUCCCCUGGAAGAGCCUGCGCCCUCUUACCCAGCCCCAGUUCUCUGCUCAGAAGCUGCGCCCCCAGGCUGUCGAUGCGGUUCUGUCUCUUCUGCAGUUCCCUACCUCCCAGGACUACCUGGAUGACGCCGUCGCUUUCCUGGGUGACCAGACCUUCGACCGCCAGCUGGUCGCUAACGUCGACCACGUUGAGCCCGAAGGCACUCUGCAUGUCACCCUCUUGGACCCGUCCGUCUCUAAGAGCUUGGACCAGAGCAUCAAUGCCGAUGUGGUUCGCGAGGGUUUCGCCAUGGUUCCCCGCAAGCUGAAGGCAUGGGAGCGCGCUUCCACCGAUACCCUGGAGAACCUGCGGGAGCUGGAGACCGAGGCCAAGGCCGGCCGUCUCGGUAUGUGGGAGUACGGUGAUCUCACCGAGGACUAA